AUGCCACGAGAGCAAUCAGAAGAGGCCCAAUGGUGGUUUGAAGCAGUCUACUCUGCCGUCCAACAGAUCCCCCAUGGUAAAUGCACCAGUUAUGGUCAUGUCGCCUUACUACUGGGCUUCCCUCGUCGAGCUCGUCAAGUCGGAGUUUGUCUCAAGCAUUUGCCGACCUUCGACCCUGCCGCUCCCGAGCAAUUCUUCUUUCACGACCAGAACGUCCCAUGGCAACGGGUGGUCAAUUCUAAAGGGGGAAUUAGUCCACGUGGGGACAAUGGGGCUGCAGCGACCCGACAAGCUGAGAAACUACGAGCGGAAGGGGUGGACGUGAACGAUGCCAGAGGGAUUGAAGAAAUGACUGUUGACUUUGGAAGAUAUGGUUGGUUUCCUCAAAGGCUUCCUGGAGAAGAGAGUGAAGAUGGCGACGAGGCUGAGGGAACAGAUGCCGGCUGA